CACAAACACAUAUGUGACAGUACAAAAACAUAAUUCACAAUGUUAUCAAACAACAUAUCUGGUAGGUUGCUAAUCAGUACGUUAGUUCUAUUUUAGAAAUGAAGCGGUCCAGACGUUAGGGUUUAAGGAGAAUGACGAAGAUACUGAAGGGUCCAAAUCUCUCUUCCAAACACACAAAACUCCGGUGAAUUCAUGGCGAGGAUGAGAUUGAGAUUCUCGGAGACAAAUUCACUCAACGGCAUUCAUCCCGUCGUGUCGUUUCCCGGAGCUUCGUUUCUUGGAUUUUCAAGUGAUGGAGCACAUGAUCUCCUGAAACCCUCGAAAGUCUGAAGCCGCUGGUGACGCUGAAGGAGAAUUCCUUGAGUAGUUACUACUCCAAAUAAUCCGGCCUCAGCUUCUUCCUAGUUUUAAAAAAUGCGUUCUAGCAGUAUGAAGAAUGAAUUGUAGGUUGCGGAAGUGUUGAGUUAGUGUUUUUUUUUUUUUUUUUUUUUUUUUUUUUUUUCUCUAUGCACCCUACGUCUUACGAUUCGCAGUGGGAAGAAGUUUUUCUUGACAGAAGCUUCAAUCCACACUUUGUGUUCCUGUUCCCUUUGCACAUAUCGCUGAAACGUUGGCCGCGAUGUUGGCAGUAGCGCCCUUGUUUUGUCCGCCCCUAAGUACAUCAUCACUUAAACGUUGCGUUUCUGUUGAUAGUCGACCGAAUGCUCAAACGCGUGAAUCUAAAGGUUUAGGGUUUAAGUCUCAACCUCAAAUUAGUUGCUUAAUUGCCAAAAUUCCGUUCGCUAGGGUUAGUGCUUAUCAAACUCAGCAUGGAUAUUUUUUCAAUAUUAGACCAUGGAGUCCAUCUUCCAAUGGCCGAAGGAGCGUGCGUACGUCUGUCGUGUGUGAAACUCAGAAGAACGAAGACGAGAACGUUACUAGAGCCAGAGGUGAUCAACUGCGCAGCUGGAUUCUCAACAGUGCGAGAAAGCGACAGGAGUCACUGGGAGAGAGAAUUAUGAGGAUGGUGGCCGGAGCAAGCUCAGCGCCAAUUGCACAAUAUAUUCCUUUUCCCGUGACUCCCUUGCAUACCCUAGACCCACGCGUUAAACAGGCUUGGCUUUUGGCUCUCGUCGUGCUUCCUGCUCGAUCACACAUGGCGAUUCGGAUUUCCAUGGUUGCUUUCCUGGCCGUAGCAACUAUGUGCACGCUUCCUCGGCGAAUUUGGCAGGACCAACUAGGCCGCAUGGCUGCACUCUCGGGAUUCCUUUUCGUUAUGCUUGCUUUGGGAACUGAUGGAGUAGCUCCUGUGAUGCAAUCUCGGAGGCCUUUGAUCGCGUCACAAGGCUUACCAAAACUCCCUGCUGCAUUAAGUGGGUAUAAAUAUGUGCUUCUUAAGUUAGGCCCCUUCCAGCUUACACGAAAGGGCGUAUCCCUGGCUGCUGCAGCGUCAUGUCUGUCCUUCACUGUACUUCAAAGUGCGAGUCUUUGCUUAACAACGACUACACCGGAGCAGCUUGCUGCAGCGCUGCGGUGGUACUUGGCACCGUUCGCUCGAUUAGGUGCACCCGUGGAGGAGCUCAUACUUACACUUCUUCUGUCACUACGCUUCAUUGGUAUCGUUUUUGAUGAGGUACGAAACCUUGCUGUUGGAGUUGUGGCUAGAAGCAUCGAGUGGAAGUCAUUGCGGCUGUUAGAAACAGCUGACAUAUUUUUUAAUCUCAUCGGUCGAAUUUUCAAGAACUUGUUCCUUCAUGCUGAUCAAAUAUCUCAGGCAAUGGUUGCUCGGGGUUAUCGUGGUAAUCCAGUCAAGCACCGCAUUUACUUUCUCACAAAGCUGUCCAUUAAGCCGCAGGACUGGAUUGCGAUUUCAGGCUUACUGAUCUUAACGGCUUUCUCUAUGUAUCUUGAGAUCACGCUACCUGCCUGAUAUGCCUUGCAGCAUAUAAUAAAUCCUGUUGAUUCUGAAAGUUCACAUCCUUCA